AUGACAACAAAUAUGUAUCUCCCACAGAUCACCAUCAGUUUCUUUCUUGCCAUGACGCCAGUUCUCUCCCUACCACCAGGGUUCUUACACAAAGGCUUUCCAGCACCAUCGCUCUAUCCUAUCGAAUUCAACCCCGUUCUCUCAAGGAGAAAGAGUUGUGCCGAGACAUGCGGCACCGUCUGCUACUACCAGUCGACCAUCGACAAGGCUGUCGCCGAGGGCUAUUCGCUAUAUCAAUCCGGCCAGACGGAGGGUUCUGACGAGUAUCCACAUAAAUACAACGACUACGAAGGGUUCGAUUUCCCGGUAGCUGGCCCCUACUAUGAGUUUCCAAUCCUGCAUACGUUCAAAGCCUAUGACGGUGGAAGCCCAGGGCCCGACAGAGUCAUCUUCAACACGAACGGAGAUUUGGCCGCUGUGAUCACCCAUACAGGAGCGAGCGGGAACGAUUUUGUCGAGUGUGAUGGGUGA